AUGGAUUCGCCCUCUCUUCUUCUUCGUCUUCUUCGGGAGAUGAUGAACGCGAUAUAUAUAUACCAAGCCCUCCGGACGCAGCUCAACGAACUAAAGAGCAAGCGCGAAGUCAGGCCGGACGUGAAUCCAAACACGGGAGAGCCUACGACGGACCUAAACGUAGCCACACCGCAAAUCGGACCCGACGAAGGCGCAGUCAUCAAUGCUGUUGCCUCAACUACUACUCCGGCAGACGGGGAGAAACGCGGUCAGAGGGAUGCAAUUAAGACUAGCAACCCAGCACGACAAUUAAGGUCAACGCGAAUGCGGGCGAUGGCCACCAACGUUCAAAUGCCGCCCUCCGACGAGUGA